CAAUAUCCAUGGAACCAAAAAUAAAAUAACCAUAAAAAAUGUCAUGGAAACCCUAACCAUAACAUAAGUUAUAAUUGAAUUUUUUGAGCUUGAAAUUUGAAAAAAAUUAUCUUAUAUUGUGGCUAGGGAAAUUUAAUAGCUAAAAUAGAUUAAUGUAAAGUUUGUAAUUUUUGUGUUAAGAGUAAAAAUUGAAUAAUCAUUGGCUUUUGGUUAAUAUAUUAAUAACGUUAUAAUUAAGAUGUCUACUGAUAUUUGGCGACAUACUGUAAUGAGUAUUACUGAUAGGAUUUUUCCACCUAUUUCUCCCGAUCAACAUAUUGGGCCUACAUUUGUUACAGAAAUAGUUUCAAGUCUUCCGUUACAGAUGUCCUUGUAUUUUAACGUCAUCUAUUUUCCAUUUUGGCUGUGUACAUUUGUGUCUUUGAUCUGGUUGAAGCUUGAAUGUUUAAACAUGUUGAUUCAAACAAUUCUCAUGGUAUCGUUAAUUUUAAUUUUUUUGUUGGAGUGCGCUAGACUUUAUUUGGGUGUACACGGAAAUUUAAAAGAAAAGAUUCCGGAUUUGGCUGCUUUUUGGAUGUUUUCGUUAAUCUUGCAGCUUCCUUUACAAACAUUAUUUUUUGUUUUGAACUCUUCGCCCGUUGAAAUGGCCGUUCAAGGUAUUAUGUAUUUUAUGCUAUUAGUUGAGCUGAUUUUUGGGUUUAUAGUUCUCCGUGAUAUGGCUAAACACCACAAACUUCGAUUUCAUUUGUCUCAAUUUUAUGAUGGUCAACAUUGUAAAACCGAAUAAUUAACAUUUGACAUGCAAAAGAGUUGAUUUUCCGAAUGUAUAUAAUUAAUUUAAAAGAUGUUGGUUUUAGGCCUCGUGUGUAGGGAAAUCGGAAUAAGCAAGUUUUAGAAACAAAAGAACUUACUGUAGUCAGUUAUGAGUGAAUUAAUGACCGAAAGAGGUAAAUGAGUCGAGAGAAAGUCUGGCCGGGCAUAUUCAAACACCAGAUGGAAGAGAUAAUAGAAUAUUACGCGGAAACACACAGAAGGACUUGGGUGUGCGUUGUCUUGACAUACAUACAAACCGUCGCUGUAGUCAUAGGAUGUAGACACUACAACAACCGUGGUAUCUUCACUAGCUGUUAGUGUAUAUGUAUAUGAUAUAAUGAAAGUUAAUGAGGCUGAAAUGCAGAUUGUACAGCAAGACGGUACCGUUUUCGUUGAUUAAUGGUCCCCGGACCUUCUUCUGUUUGAACAGAUCCUCUGCCUAAAAGGAAACAAUGCGCGAUAAUAACUUUAUUAUACCAGAUGAACGCUGAUAGCAAAUGCAUAUUAGGAAUAGUACCUC